CCACCAUCUUGCAAAGUGAAUUUGUACCGCAAAGUUAUUGAAUCACUGGGAAUUAUUAUAUAUAAAGCCCUGGACUAUGGUUUGAAGGACAAUGAAGAGCGGGAAUUAAGUCCUCCACUGGAGCAGCUUAUUGACCAGAUGACUAAUACCACAGAAACAGAUGGGAGCAGGGAUGAAGGUUAUGAUGCUCUGGAUGAAGGAGUGGAGGAGGAGGAUGAUGAUGACAAAGAGGAAGUUGAGGCCAUUCAUUCCUAUAAAGAUGUCAUGAAGCUGUGUGCUGCCCACCUGCCAACUCGAUCAGAGGCGCCAAACCACUAUCAAGCAGUAUGUCGGGCUCUGUUUGCUGAAACAAUGGAACUGUACACUUUCUUGGCCAAAAUUAAAAGUGCAAAAGAGAAUCUGAAGAAGAUUCAAGAAAUGGACAACGAGGGAAGUGAUGAAUCCAGCACAGAUCUUGAUGACUUAAAAAAUGCUGACUGGGCUCGUUUUUGGGUACAAGUGAUGCGAGAUUUACGGAAUGGUGUUAAACUUAAGAAAGUUCAAGAGCGUCAGUACAACCCGCUCCCAAUAGAAUAUCAGCUCACACCUUAUGAAAUGCUGAUGGAUGAUAUUAGAUCCAAACGCUAUACCUUAAGGAAGGUCAUGGUCAACGGUGACAUUCCACCUCGAUUAAAAAAGAGUGCCCAUGAAAUAAUCCUGGAUUUCAUCCGAUCGCGACCUCCAUUAAAUCCCGCCUCGGCAAGAAAACUGAAACCAACUCCACCACGGCCACGCAGCCUUCAUGAAAGGAUACUGGAGGAAAUCAAGGCAGAGAGGAAAUUACGUCCUGUCUCACCUGAUGAAAUACGGCGUGGCAGGCUGGCAAUGCGGCCACUUAGCAUGUCUUACAGUUUUGACUUGUCAGAUGUAUCUACGCCAGAGGCUGGAAGAAAAUUAUUGGAUGCCUCUGUAGUGAAUGGUGGCCUGGCACCACAAGGAAAGCAGAAUGGGGCCACGCAAGUGACAGUACAACGCAAGAGACUGCUUAAGGCUCCCACGCUGGCUGAACUUGACAGUUCAGACUCAGAG